UCAAUUUGGUUUCAUUCGAAGAUGUUGAUUUCUUAUUUGUCUUAGAUUCGCGCCAGUUAUUUGAAAGAGCAUCGGUUUAAAUAAAAUAUUCUAAAUCCAAGUGAUAAGAUUUGAAUUAACUUUUUUUGUAGUUAAAAGAAGCGCAGGUAAAAAUUGAAUAAAUACCAGAUUUGACAUUAAUUACAUGUAGAAAAACAUUAAAACAUGACUUGCAAACAGAAAUAUUAAAAAUAAAAGCGAAAGAUAAUCUAGAGCAAUCAGUAUAUAAACAAAGGUAAAGAUUAAAGAUAUGUGCCCAAAUUGGAUUGGUUUUUUUCCAACGAAAUUAUUCCUUCAAUUCAGUACUAAAUGAAUUUCGAACGCAAGUGGUUGAAUUAAAAACAAUGCGUACCUCGAGCGCUAUUCUGGCUUUGGCCUUUGCUUUCGCAUUUAAUAGCUUCAGUUGUGGAGAAAGUGCAAGAAUUUUAGCGAUAUUUCCAUUUCCUGGGCGUUCGCAAUUCAUAUGCGUUGAGCCAUAUCUCAAGGCGAUAGCAUUACGUGGCCAUGAACUUACCGUUAUCUCAAUGUAUCCACAAACGAAGCCGCUUGCAAAUUGGCGAGAUAUUGAAGUGACUGAGAUGCGGAAGCACUAUGAUGCGGUAAUGGCGGGUAUUUAUAAGGAACGUUACACCUACUGGAGCGCAUUGAAUGCGUUCAAACCUUUAAUCAGUAUUUCCUUGAAACAAGUGCUCGACAGUCCAGCCGUUCAAGAGCUUCUACACUCUGACGAACAUUUUGAUCUGCUCAUACUCGAACCGCUGCGAAAUGAGCCACUUUUUGGCUUUGCGGAACACUUCAAAGCGCCAAUAAUAGGCAUAAGCACAUAUGGCAUGGAUCCUCACUUGGACGAGUAUGUGGGCAAUAUAUCACCGCUAUCAUUUACGCCGUUAUACACCGUACCACUGACAGAUCACAUGAACUUUUGGCAACGUCUUCUGAAUCUUUGGUGGACCACAGUGGAGCGUGUACAUUUGCAUACUAUUAUGUUGCCUUAUUACGAAGAGGUUUAUAAGCAUUAUUUUCCAAACAGCAGCACAGAAUUGAAGCAGCUACGUAAAAAUAUGUCACUUCUGUUGCUCAAUCAACAUUUCUCGUUGAGCUAUCCGCGUCCUUAUGUACCGAAUGUUAUCGAAGUCGGUGGAAUAUUUUUGCCAGACAAAGCAAAUCCUCUUCCCGCCGAUAUGGAGCACUUCAUAUCUUCUUCACCCUUAGAUGUGAUCUAUUUUUCGCUUGGCACAAAUGUUAGAAGCAAAAAUUUGCCAAAAGAAAAACUUGAAGCGCUCCUUAAUGUUUUCGGCUCUUUAAAUGUAAAUGUGUUGUGGAAAUUCGAAGAUACCGAACUGCCUGGUAAGCCAAAUAAUGUCUAUAUCAGUAAAUGGUUUCCACAAUUCGAUCUAUUGGCACAUCCUAAAGUCAAGUUGUUUAUUAUGCACGGCGGUUUAUUGGGCACCAUCGAAGCGAUACAUAAUGCCAAGCCACUGAUUGGUAUGCCAGUGUUUUUCGAUCAGUUUUUAAAUGUGGCACAAGCAGUGCAAUCGGGCUUUGGUUUGCAUGUCGAUAUUAAAACAUUUACAGCAGAUAAUAUGAAGCGUGCCAUACUGGAAGUACUCAAUAAUCCUAAAUAUACGGAGAAAGCUAAGGAGCUAUCGCGACAGUUUCACGAUCAACCAAUGAAGCCAUUAGAUACGGCUAUAUACUGGACGGAGUAUGUACUACGGCAUAAAGGCGCCCCACAUAUGCGUGCUACUUCGAAAGAUCUAAACUUUAUACAGCUGAAUAGCUUAGAUACAGGUCUAGUGUUGUUUGGUGGUCUCGCGGGUGUUUUAGUACUGACGCUAUACAUUUGGUGUAAAUUGUGUGCCAAGCUAUAUGCAAAAUUGGGGAAUUCAAAUACGAAAAAGCGAAAGCGUGAUUGAAUUUACAUGGUCAGGUAGAUAUUUGUUAGUUAAUAAAUACAAAUUUGUAACUUUAUAAGUGCUUAUAAGGAGUGAGAAUGUUCUGAAUAAUUUUGUAAACUUUUUGUUAGUUCUGAGAGUCUAUGAUAAUUAUAAUAUAUAACCUUAUUAUGGUAAUAAAGAACAUGGAAUUUUAUUAUUAAACUUC